AAUAGCCGGUGCACGGGAGAGCCAGGCAUCAUUUUCAAAACAAAGUACAAGGAAUAAACAACUCACAGUAUAUGAACGAGAAAACGUGAAAAGCGAAACGCGAUUAUUCCCGAAAUAAAGAAACAAAAGCUGUGACGGAAAUUAAACAAAUAAUAUUCCAAUUAAUUUAUAAAUUAUUUAAUAACCAAACCAAAAGCCAAAAAGACAUCAAAGACUUCAACUCGACUGUAGAGAGAGGAGCAACCAAGUGACAACUACUUAAGUGCAUUUUUUUUAAAUAGUUUUAGUUAGCAAAUUUUUUUUUUGAAAGAUAUUCAAGAUGAGGUUAUGCAUAUUGCUGGCUGUUGUGGCCUUUGUCGGCCUCUCGCUGGGCGAGGAGAAGAAGGAGAAGGACAAGGAGCUCGGAACUGUGAUCGGAAUCGACUUGGGAACCACAUACUCCUGUGUUGGAGUUUACAAGAAUGGACGUGUUGAGAUCAUCGCCAAUGACCAGGGUAACCGCAUCACCCCCUCGUACGUGGCCUUCACCGCCGACGGCGAGCGCCUGAUCGGCGAUGCCGCCAAGAACCAGUUGACCACCAAUCCCGAGAACACCGUCUUCGACGCCAAGCGUCUGAUCGGACGCGAAUGGUCGGACACCAAUGUCCAGCACGACAUCAAGUUCUUCCCCUUCAAGGUCGUCGAGAAGAACUCGAAGCCCCACAUCAGCGUGGACACCUCCCAGGGCGCCAAGGUCUUUGCCCCCGAGGAGAUCUCCGCCAUGGUGCUCGGCAAGAUGAAGGAGACCGCCGAAGCCUAUCUGGGCAAGAAGGUCACCCACGCUGUCGUCACUGUGCCCGCUUACUUCAACGACGCCCAGCGUCAGGCCACCAAGGAUGCUGGAGUGAUUGCCGGCCUCCAGGUGCUGCGCAUCAUCAACGAGCCGACGGCCGCUGCCAUCGCUUACGGUCUGGACAAGAAGGAGGGCGAGAAGAACGUGCUGGUGUUCGAUUUGGGCGGCGGCACCUUCGAUGUCUCCCUGCUGACCAUUGACAACGGUGUGUUCGAGGUGGUGGCCACCAACGGCGACACCCAUUUGGGCGGUGAGGACUUCGAUCAGCGCGUCAUGGACCACUUCAUCAAGCUGUACAAGAAGAAGAAGGGCAAGGACAUCCGCAAGGACAACCGUGCUGUGCAGAAGCUGCGUCGCGAGGUCGAGAAGGCCAAGCGUGCUCUGUCCGGCUCCCAUCAGGUGCGCAUCGAAAUCGAGUCGUUCUUCGAGGGCGAUGACUUCUCCGAGACCCUGACCCGUGCCAAGUUUGAGGAGCUGAACCUGGAUCUCUUCCGUUCCACUUUGAAGCCCGUACAGAAGGUGCUCGAGGACGCCGACAUGAACAAGAAGGACGUGCACGAGAUUGUGUUGGUCGGUGGCUCCACUCGUAUCCCCAAGGUCCAGCAGCUCGUCAAGGACUUCUUCGGCGGCAAGGAACCGUCCCGAGGCAUCAAUCCCGAUGAGGCUGUCGCUUAUGGUGCUGCCGUCCAAGCUGGUGUCCUCUCCGGUGAACAGGACACUGAUGCCAUUGUCCUCCUUGACGUCAACCCACUGACCAUGGGCAUUGAGACUGUUGGCGGUGUGAUGACCAAGCUGAUUCCCCGCAACACUGUGAUCCCAACCAAGAAAUCCCAGGUGUUCUCCACCGCUUCCGACAACCAGCACACCGUCACCAUCCAGGUGUACGAGGGCGAGCGUCCCAUGACCAAGGACAACCAUCUCCUGGGCAAGUUCGAUCUGACCGGCAUUCCUCCGGCCCCACGUGGCAUUCCCCAGAUCGAGGUCUCCUUCGAAAUCGACGCCAACGGCAUCCUGCAGGUCAGUGCCGAGGACAAGGGCACCGGCAACAAGGAGAAGAUCGUCAUCACCAACGACCAGAACCGUCUGACUCCCGAGGACAUCGACCGCAUGAUCCGCGACGCCGAGAAGUUCGCCGAUGAGGACAAGAAGCUCAAGGAGCGCGUCGAGUCCCGCAACGAGCUGGAGUCGUAUGCUUACAGCCUCAAGAACCAGAUCGGCGACAAGGACAAGCUCGGCUCGAAACUGUCUGAUGAGGAGAAGACCAAGCUGGAGUCGGCCAUCGAUGAGUCGAUCAAGUGGCUGGAGCAGAAUCCCGACGCCGAUCCCGAGGAGUACAAGAAGCAGAAGAAGGACCUCGAGGCCAUUGUCCAGCCGGUGAUCGCCAAGCUGUACCAGGGCGCCGGUGGCCCGACCACUCCCGAGGGCGCCGACGGUGACGAUCUCAAGGAUGAGCUGUAAGGUGUUGGCCUCCGCCACCGCAUCCACAUCAUCCACUGCAGAUCAGAAGUGUUGGAAUGAGAUCAGACUGAAACCAAUUAUAAACAGCCACAGCAAGAGAUGUAACUAAUUAACACACAACCACCACCCACACCACCCACGACCACCACCACCACAACCACCACCCCCCCUGCAGCCAUCCCUCGUAAUUCCCGCCCACCCCCAACCAUUCGACCUUUAAGGCAAAUUUUCCAAAACAAAAAAAACGAAAAACAAAACAAGAAAUUCUUUAUAACAUUUAUUUUUUUUUUUUGUGAACUUUAAAUUUAAAGUAUUUUUUUUUCCAAAAAUAUGAUUUACAAAACGAGUGUUCCUCUCGCAUUCCAUGUCGCUUCUCGAAACGCCCACAUCCUGAAACUGCCUCCACGACACCUCCACGCCCCUUUUCACAUUUCACCUUCCCGCCCCGCCUCGUCCAGUUAGCUGCUUAAUUAUGUAAAACUGUAAAUUUUUUUUAUAUAUAUAUGUACGCAUAACUGUCGCAGAUCAAUAGGGAUUAUCCAUUAUCCUGCGGAUAUGUAACGGAAAGCAAAAAAAAGAAAACAAAACACAAACAAAUGUUAUAUGUAUAAGUGUGUGUGAGAGAAAGAGAAGAGAGAGGUGAUCAUGCAAGAGAGAGAGAAAGUGGCAGAGUGGGAGGAGGGAGCUGCAGGGCGUGCGGAGAAAGCGAGAUGGCGACAAACCGUUAGGUCGACGAUGAGAAUGCAAAGGCAACAAGCAACCGGAGAUAGAAACCACAAAGAAACAAAACAAAAACAAAAGCCACUAGAGCACCGGCCCCAACACCAGCCGAAAGCUUCAUUAAAAAAAGGAUUCUUCGAUUUUACGAAGGAUUUUCUAAUUUAUUUAAUAAUAAAAUAAACAAAAAAAAAUUUUAAAAAACAAAAA